AUGCAGGCCGCUCUUUGCUCCGCCCGCGCCGUCGCCGGGCCUGCCAUCUUCGCCAAGGCCUCCAGCAGCAGCCGCUCUUCCCUGCGCGCCGUCCGUCUGGAGGUUCGGGCAGCCGAGGAGGCCAAGGUGGAGGACCCCGCUGUGGUGGAGGUGCCCGUCGCCGCUUCUCCCUCGGGAGCAACCCCUGCGGCCGGUGCCGUAGCUACCGAGUCCUUCUCCAUCCUGGGUGCGCAGCAGGAGGCCAUCAACGGCCGCGCAGCCAUGCUGGGCCUGUUGAUUGCUGCGGCCACUGAGUUCACCACCAACCAGAGCGUGUGGAGCCAGAUCGCUGGCAAGUAUGUUGACCAGGAGCUUGUGCAGCACCCCAUCGGCGCCUCCACCAUGGCCUUCUUUGCCGUCGUGGUGGCCAUGACCUUUGCAUCCUUUGCCCCUGCCGUCUUUACCGGCGAGGGCCCCGCCAGCCGCAAGUUUGGCCCCUUCACCCCCAGCGCCGAGCUGCUCAACGGCCGCCUGGCUAUGCUCGGCUUCUCGUCGCUGCUCCUGGUGGAGCUGGUGAAGGGCAACACCCCCCUGUUCUGA